AACCAUUGUCACCGAAUGAACCCAUUGCACAAGCCUGCCACUUUGGAUUUUGAAAAGCCUCUUGUUGAUCUGCAAAAGAAGAUCUUUGAUGUACAAAAGAUGGCAGACGAAACUGGUCUGGACUUCACUGAUCAGAUUCAAUUAUUGGAGACUAAGUACCAGCAGGCUUUAAAGGAUCUCUAUACGCAUCUGACUCCUAUACAGCGGGUCAACAUCNCACGACAUCCUAACAGGCCAACUUUUCUUGAUCACAUCUUUAACAUAACUGAAAAGUUUAUGGAAAUCCAUGGUGAUCGGGCAGGUUAUGAUGAUCCAGCUAUUGUUACUGGUAUAGGGUUGAUCGGGCUUAAUCUAUUUUUGCUAUGUAGGCACAAAUUCUACUUGGAGAAGGGGGACUUAGCUCUUGAUACUAAAUGA